AUGAAUGCUCCACGACCUACGGGACCUCUUCGUCCCACUGGUAGAGGUUCAAAUGGUAUUGUGAUCAGAGAAGGAGAGUUACCCCGUUGCCGUCAAUUUCAUGUUGAAGGUAAGGGAAAGAAUGUGAUGAUUGAAAAUAUGGCUGGGAAGGAAAAUAUUGGUGUAAAAGGAAAUCCAGGUUUGGCAAUUAUUGAAUCAUCAGCGUCGGAUGAUUUAAUUCUACGUGUGAACAAUUUCUCUAGGGUUCUUGAUACAAGUAAGGGGCGUAAAAUCGAUGACGAUCAGUCGUUAGUGGGAGUUCUGAAGGAAGUUGAAGUUAUGGAGGAUCAUAUUAAGGAUACAACAGAUAGUAAAUUUUGGAAGAACAAAAGUAAUGAGGUUGCUAAAGCUUGGUCGAAACCAAAGCCAAUCAAGAUAUCAUUUAAUAAGGACCUGGUCGAAUUGUUAGAAGAUGGUAUUGCUGUUAAGUUGAAUGCAGAAAUGGAGGCAAAGAAUUCUCAAAUUUUGAAGAAUUCGGUGGUGAUUAAAGUGCUGGGAAACAAUGUGCCUUUUUCGAUUUGUAGUACCAAACUGAGAAGGCAAUGGAGCAAGUUUGGUGGUUUCCACUUGAUGUCUAUUGGUAUGAAUUGGAUUCUGUGUUCAUUCCAUACGAGUGAGGUGGUUGAAGAAGUUAUGAACAGGGGACUAUGGUAUGUAAAUGGAUUCAUUAUUGGGAUGGAUAGGUGGUCGGCUGCAUUUGAUCCAAACACGUUUAAAGGAGUUUCGGCACCAGUAUGGGUUAGAUUUCCGUGUCUACCCUUGUAUUGCUGGGAUGAGGACAACAUUGCAAGAAUUGCAUCUUUCUUGGGAACGCCAAUGUACAUUGAUGGUAACACAUUCCGCUGGGGUAAAUGGGAGUUUGCUCGUAAUCAAGCAUUGAAGGAGAAGGAGGUAGUUAAGGAGCAUGGCGAGAAGAUUAUGCCUGAGAGUAAAACCUCUGUGAUAAGCUCCGAAUAUGGUCCUUGGAUCCAUGUUCACCUCAAAAAUAGGAAAGGCAGCAGAGGUAAUGUUACUGGAAUUGGAAUAAAUGCUGAUAGGUUCGGUAAUGUUUUCAGGGGGAACAUUAAUCAGAAGAAUAAUUUACAGAAAGAUAUUAAAAUGGUGAAUGUGAAGGGUAUUGCUGCUGGAAAGAACAUCCUGGUUCCAGAAAUUAUGGCUGAAUCUGAAAAACCUGUUGGAAAGGAUGCUGUUAUAACCAAUAGGUUUGCUGUGCUGAGUGAAAGUAUUGAAGAAGAUUGUCUGGGGAAUCAUGAUGAAGGUGAAAAAAUAGAAGAAAGAGGUCGGGACAAUAUUAAUACUAAUGCCAGCAACAAUGGUUUGGGUACAAAUAGUGUUGCUGCCAAGGUGAAGCUAUCCAAGGAAUUAAGAUCAUUAGGACCUGUGGAAUUGGAUUACAAGAAGAAAAAGAGGGGAGCUAGGAAAAAAGAAGCUUCCUUAUAUUUGAAGGACAUUGUUAGAGAUCAGAAUAUUUAUUUUAGUGGGCUUAUGGAGACCAAGUUGUCUAGCAUUGAUAGAAAAGAUGUUGACUAUAUGGUUGGAAAGGAUUGGGAGUAUUUUCAUUACCCUGCUGUGGGUACUUCAGUAGGCCUUCUGGUAUUAUGGAACAGGAAUAUGGUUUCUUUUGAUGUGGUGGAGGCAUCAUCACAAGCAAUUGUUGGUAGUCAUUCAGUUCCCAGCUUGGAAAUUUGGAAAAUUUCCACAAUAUAUGGGAGCAUAUGUUGUAAGGAAAGGGGAAGCUUGUGGAAUCAACUUCAGGAUUGUAUGAAGGAUGCAAUUCCUUCCAUUAUUGGAGGGGAUUUUAAUUGUAUUAUUAACAAGGAUGAGAAGAGAGGAGGCAAAAGGUUCUUGUUCUCUAAAGGACCCAGGGAGAUGAAGAGCUUUAUGGUUAAUUCUGAUUUCCAUGAAAUUGGAAGUGUUGGACCAAGGUUUACUUGGUGUAAUAACAAAGAGGGGACCUCUCAGAUUUGGGAGAGGUUGGAUAGAUGUAUAUUGAAUUCGGCUGCUAUUCAAAAGCUUCCAAUGGCUACUAUCAAGCAUCUUGCUAGAGUAGCAUCGGACCACAGUCCUAUUGUUCUAAAUAUGAAGGAUAAAGUGCAUUGUAAGGAUAAAAUCUUUAAGUUUGAGGACACUUGGAGAUCAUACCAUGCAGCUAAGAGUAUUGUUUAUAACUCUUGGAAGAAGAAUGACUUUGGUGAUGAAUAUAUAAUCCUUCAAAGGAAACUUAACCAUACUUUGAAGGCACUUUUUUCUGGAAUAAAAAUAACUGCAAGGAAUUGA